CUUCUGGCUUAGCCUGUACAGUUUGCGCAGGGAACAGGAAGAGAGGGAGAGUGCGUAUGAAUGUGUGUGUGAGGACAAGAGGACGCUUUACUCUGGUAGGGACUGAGGGCAGCCAUGGGGAAUUCACAGAAGAAGGCCCCCGGUCACGGAGAGGGAGGGGGCCCGCACUCUCAACCUGGGACCCCGGGGCGCAGGAGGAGUCAUGGAAACAACACAGCCAACUCAAAGGAAGUCCAAGGGAAGAACACGGCAGUGAAUGGCUCCCUUCCAGCCGACAAGAGCCAGGAUGAGCCUCAGGGCUCUAGUCCUGCGAUCAGUGGCACUGCUAGAGAGAGCUGUAAUCUGGACGCCCCGUGUGGGGCCCUUCCUCCUCCACUGGCCAGGCUCAAAAAUGAGGGCAAUAUGUUGUUCAAAAAUGGACAGUUUGGGGACGCGCUGGAGAAAUACACACAGGCCAUUGACGGAUGUAUAGAAGCUGGUAUUGACAGCCCAGAGGAUCUUUGUAUUCUGUACUCCAAUAGAGCUGCAUGCUACCUCAAAGAUGGAAACAGCACAGACUGCAUUCAGGACUGCACCAGGUCCCUUGAGCUCCACCCCUUCUCCCUGAAGCCCCUCCUCCGACGAGCUAUGGCGUAUGAAUCUCUGGAACGUUACAGGAUGGCGUAUGUGGAUUAUAAGACAGUACUGCAGAUAGACAUCAGUGUGCAGUCGGCUCACGACAGUGUGCACAGAAUCACUAAAAUGCUGAUAGAGCAGGAUGGUCCUGAGUGGCGAGAGAAGAUUCCAAAGAUUCCAAUGGUUCCGCUUUCUGCCCAGCAGCACCGUAAUGAUGAACCCAGUGCAGAGGUUCUGCAGGCCCGCGCAGCCAGAGCAGAACAGGAGAAGUCCAGAAAAGCAGAGGCUCGAUUCACAUUGCUGAAGCAAGAAGGAAAUGAACUGGUGAAGAACAGCCAGUUUCAAAGUGCUGUGGAGAAAUACAGCGAGUGUCUGGCCAUCAAACCCAAUGAAUCUGCCAUCUACACCAACAGAGCUCUGUGCUAUCUCAAGCUGGAUUGUUUCACAGAAGCCAAACAGGACUGUGAUUUUGCACUCCAGAUCGAGCCAAACAAUAAGAAAGCAUUUUACAGACGGGCACUGGCACACAAAGGCUUGAAGGACUACCUGUCAGCCAGCACUGAUUUACAGGAAGUACUGCAGUUGGAUCCAAACGUGCAGGAGGCCGAGCAGGAGCUAGAGACGGUGACUAAUCUGCUAAGAGAAAGUCUACUGGCUAAUGCCCAAGGUUGACAUCAAGACAAUAAAUAAUGAAAUGAACAGAGAGCUACAGGAAGAACAGAGCCUCCUUCAUUAAAGCCAGACACAGCGGAUCCAACGAGCCUGAGAAUCCCAGAGAUCCCACAGUCCCGCCACAAGGGUCCAUUCAUCUUUGUGUAGACUGUCAUGCGCCGCAACUAAAGUUUCCCUUCCAACAAACACUCAUCUCAUGUUCUUCUAGGAAUAUUGUGUCUGAUGCAAUGCUGACAAUGCAAAGCAUGCAAAACAAUUCAUAAUCUCUAACUCUGGCUUCAAUAGGCACGUGUGAGCAUGGCACGGCUGGGAAGCGUGUAACAAGCGGGAUUCUUGGGUUGUGAUGUGACGGUUGUCGUGUGUAUGAGAGAAUGUGCCUUUUAUAAGAAGCUGUGGCUCACAUAUGGAGUGAUUUAACACUCUCAGACGAAAUUGUAUAGGAACAUUUAAUUUGCUACAUUUAAAAUGUCUCAUUUCUCAGGAUUUAAUAUAUUUUUAAUAGCUAUUCCAUUGUACUGUGUAAUUUAAGAAUACAUGUAGGCCUAGCUCAUGUAGUGUUUUUUUUUUUUGACAUUUCCCAGCCUUCAGCCCAACUAUUGUCUCAAUGCAUAAAUAAAACAAGAUCUCACAAGGUAUGAAUGUACAAUAACAUUAGAUGUAGUUUUUUUCUUUGGAAUGUCAGCAAAAGAAAUGUUUCAGAUAUGCAUCAGCUAAAUAAAUUGCUUUAUAAACUUC